AUGCCACGGACAGCGUCAUACUACGCGGAAGCAAGCGGAGGACGACAGAGUAAGGCAACAGAGUUCUUCAACAAGCAAGCAGGCACAUCUGGAGGGCGUGGUGUGGCCAAAGAUGCUCUUGGUGGCGGAGCCGAGGCCGGAAUGUGGACGGGAGCGGCGGGCGGGCGGACGCCGACCAAGUCGCGGAGUGUGGCGCCAAGAGGCGACACGGUCCGGGACGAGCUGCGGAGGGCAAGCAAGGCGAGGCUCGGGAGCGGCAGCGGAGGAGGAGGAGAGAGUACGGGUGGCUCGCUCAAGCUCGCGGAGCUUAUGGAGGGCGACGAGGACAUUGCUAGGGUGGUCAAGGCCGACGCGGUGUACGACAACCUGACGACCGACGAGUCGGCCAUCAUCGAUGCGCGGGUGGCUCGUCAGCGGCAUGCGUACAAAGAGUUCGAGAAGCGGGAAAAGGCGCUGAAGAACACCCGCGUCCGGCACAUCCACCCGCACCUAACGGCGGCAGAGGUCGAGAUCGCGUUGGUGCAGACCGACGGCGACGAGGCCGAGGCUACGACCCGGCUCCUCGAUCCAGUGUUUGUGGCCCAGGUCCGGCACGUCAUUGCCGACGCAUCGACAGUGUCGGAGCGGUCGGCCAUUGCGGCGUACUACGAGUCGGUCCUCGCCACCGCGGCGCUCAAGAUGGCGGUGCCCGGCGCGCUGAAGGCUGGGCGCGAGGCCGCGGCCAAGGAGGCCGAGGCCGCGGCGGCGAGGAAGGCGGCCAAGGAGGCGGCCAAGGCGCGGGCGGCGCCCAAGCGGACUACCUCCCAAGAGACCAAGGCCAAGACGGCCGAGUACCGGCGGCGGCUCAACCUCGACGCCGCGCUGGCGCAGGGCAACACCGAGGGGUGGUCGGCGGCGCGGGUCCACGCGUACGAGCAGAUCGGAACGAACCCCAACGCGUACUACUACCGGUUCAACGCACCCGGCGAGAAGCAAGGCCGCGGCAAGUUUUCGGCCGAGGAGCACGCACUGUUCAUGGCGCGCCUCGCCGAGGUCGGCGCCGCGGGCCAGUGGGGCAUCUUCGCCAUGGGCAUUCCUGGCCGGGUCGGCUAUCAGUGCGCCAACUACUACCGCCAGCUCAUCGAGCGCGGCAUCGUGUCGGACCCAGACUACGAAAUUGACGACCUCGGCAAGGCGCACUACAUCUCCAAGGGCAAGCGACUCAUCCACUCGGCCAAGCGCAAGCGCAAGGUCGAGGCCAUGGGCAUGGACCCCGAGUCGCAGGCCGCGCGCGCCAUCAUCGAGGGUCGUGCUCCGCCCAUCACCGAAGCCCGCCGCGACGCCAAGCGGCGCAAGCUACUCGAGGCUGCGCCAGCCGGCGAGACCCUCGGCCCGGCGCUCAACACCGCGGUCAUCACGGUCACGUCGUCGCGCAAAAAGACUUCGGGCACGCGGCAGUCGGCCGAGGUCCUUGCUCGCGUGGCUCAAGCCAAGGCGACCAAGGCUGAGGCCAAGCGGCUGGCCCGCGCCGCCAAGGCCGCCGAGGCUGCACAGAAGCGCGCAGCCCGGGCAGCAGCCAAGGCGGCCCGCGACAAGGCCCGUGCCGAGGCCAAGGCCCGUGCGGCCGCCGAGCGGGCGGCGGCCAAGGCGGCCAAGGCAGCAGCCAAGGCGGCGGCGGCUGCCGCACGCAAGUCGUCGUCGGCCCGUCGCCGCCACCGACGCAAGGAUGAGGACGACGACCCCGAGUCGUUUGUGUGGAAGCCUAGCACCGGAUACUACUCGACCAAGCGGCUCCGCGGGCUCAACCCGGACACGCCGACCGAGCAGCUCGGCAACCCGCUGCCGGGCGUCCGCGACCCGGUGACGCUCGAGGAGGUCGAGUCGCCUGCCAUGUCGCCGUUUGGACACGUCAUGUCGCACUCGACCUGGCGCAUGUGCCUCGCUGAGAAGCCCAAGUGCCCGUUCACUAACGCCCCGCUCACCCUCAAGGAUCUUGUUGUCCUCACCCACGCCAACAUCGAGGAGUUCCGCCCACGCAUCGUCAACCUCUAGCUGCCUCCCGACCACGCUUCACCGGCCCAUCAUCCCGCCCAUCAUUCCACCCAUCAUCAUGGCCAUGAUCUGCGACCGCAUCUCCGCCGCCGCCGCCGCCACUUCCUCGCGCACAAUGCUCCGGAUGGCUGCCUCCUGCUCUUGUGUGAACGCCCCGCCGCCUACCGGCGCGGACACUGCCGGAGGCAUGAUCGGCCCACUGCUCGCCGCUGGCGGAACCGGCUGCGGCACGCGCCCGACAACCGCUUCCUGCUGCUCAACCAUGCUGCGAAAGGCCUGCGCUUGCGCGCUCAGCUCGACACCAUCGAGCAGGUGCGCAACAGCUGCACGGUCGACACCACCCGAAACAGGCUGCGGUGCUGCAGAGCCUGCCGUCACCGUCUCUACCGCCAGGGCGUCGACCGCACACAGCGACUUGAUCCGCCGCCCCGCAAUCGU